AUGAUAAUAGGUAAAGUGAUCGGAAACGAUCGACAAUACCGGAUUGAUGCGCUAAUCGCGAAAGGGGCCUUCAGCACGGUUUACCGCUGCGAAAGUGUGUUAACCAGUUGCCCGUAUGCAAUUAAGGUGAUCAGCAAAGAGGUGGUGCAACGCCACCAAAUGAGGCAGGCGUUAAUUCGGGAGGUCCACGCGAUGGAGGUGGCUGCGGGUUCUCCGUAUGUGGUGAAAUUGGUUGAUAAAUUAGUUUCCCAACACAAUUAUUACAUCGUAACCGAGCUCGCCGAAGGGGGAACGUUGCUCGAUUUGAUUCGAGUGCAGUGUAGGAGUGGGGCAUAUGAGUGGGGGAAAUCCCUUUGUAGGCAGCUGUUGAUCGGCGUGGCGUCCUUACACGAAUGCAAUAUUGUGCAUCGAGAUAUCAAGCCUGAGAACAUUUUGCUCAACAAGGAAAAGAUGAAGAUUAUGAUUUCAGACUUUGGUUUCUCCUGUUAUGCGGCUCCGGACGCGCUGCUCCAUCGGGAAUGCGGUACCCUCAAGUACUGCGCGCCGGAGUUGCUUCAUGAAAAUCCAAGCUACGACGGGCGCAAGGUGGAUGUAUGGGCAACUGGCAUCACCAUCUACCUUGUCAUCUUUGGGGUUCACCCUUUCCCGUGUAAAAAUCGAGAUCCUGAUGUGCUUCUAGAGCUUAUCACGAGAAAGGCGCUAACAUUUCCCAAAUACGCAUCCCCGGAGCUGCGGGAUAUGCUGUCUAAGAUGCUGGAGGUCGAUCCGAACAAGCGGUGGGGCGCGGCGGAUCUGCUUCAUCAUCCGUGGAUGGAGGAUACGAGCGCGCAGCAUUCGCUUGAUGUCGAAGUAAAAUCACCUUCAAAUCAUUCCUUAUUUCAUGAAACACGUGGGGAGAGCGUUGCGCGAUCACCGCUUGCGAUCAUGACGACGGAUGUGUUAGAAGCACUCAACUCUUUUAGCGGCCAUGAUAGUGUUGACGAUGGGUUUUACUUCUUGAAUCGAUUGGAGAAGAUUGAGGAGUCUUUUCUGGAGGAUGAGAUCGUCGUCGAGAGGGGGUGCUCCUCAACUACGCCACUUCCCUCAGGAGCUAGCAUAUCCCUAUCUACUCUAGGUGGUUCCACAUCCUUUCAAACUACCAAAGAAGCUAGAAAUAGAUUGUUUUCUUUGCCAUCCUUAGUGGUUGAGCGACCAAUAGAUGACGAUUUAGACUCCUUGAAUUCCCAUACACAAUGCCAACGCCUUGCGGUUGAAAUAAGGGAGAUCGUAUGCUUCGUUGUGUUUUGCGAAGUUUUGCUCUUUGUGUUUGCUAUCCACUUCUUGUUUGGGUUUCUUGUUCAGAAUUUUUACUUGUUGCGGAAACUCUCUGACGGACUCGAAUGGUUGCUUGCCUGUAUGUUUGAGAUUGUUGUGCCUUGUGAAAACAAAAAGGUUACAGGGGACUUUCAUCGUCGUUUGAGUGAUUUGCAGUGCGUUGAAAUGCCUGGGAAGGUUCACAGCCCACGGGUUCUUCAAUCACGGGUGAGUUAUCAUGUAGCCAAAGCCGCAAAUUUCAUCACAAACACGCUGCAAGGCUUUCUACCAAUGCAUCAAUUCAGAAUAUGCCGCAACCUAAUAAGCUUCGCACAUGAAGAACCCCAUACCAUGAGUCCGUGUGAUAUUCACCGAAAUAGAUCAGAAGGAGUAGCUACAAGCUCCUUUUCCCUAUGUGAAGAAGGGUCGAGGAUGUUUUCGCCCUUGGUAGCGCCUGCUGGUGAAGAUGAAAAGGGAUUUCUUUCUCUCAGUCACUCAUUAUUUCCUCUAAAUAUAAUGGGUACGAACGCAGUCCGUAACAAUGAUGUUGAUAAGUAA